UUGAGACUUCUUGGAAAAACCCAGCCUUUUUUCUUUCUUUCUUUCUUUCUUUUUUGGUUACGGUUUUCUGCAAAUCGUCCAAGAGGGACGCUCGCCCUUCUUCCCUCCCUCCCUCCCUCCCUCCCUCUUUCUCUCUCUCUCUCUCUAAUUGAAUCGCCCAACGAUAAACUUUCAGGAGCUAAAAAUAAAUUGGGUUGUCUCGAGCGCUUUCUCCCCACCUUCUCCUCUCAACCCCUCCCCUUUUUUCCCUCCACCUUCCCCCGGCCUUGACAAAUAAAUUAUCUGAACUUCCCCCUGCCUCAUUAAAAAAAAGAAAGGAAGGAAGGAAGGAAGGAAGGAAGGAAGGAAGGAAGGAAGGAAGGAAGGAAGGAAGGAAGGAAGGAAGGAAGAAAGAAAGAAAGAAAAGAAGGGGGGGUGAGGAAACCGAAUUGCAGAUUUGACACAUGGAUUUGAUUUUCCGGCUGCGGGACAGAUGUGCUGCCCGGAGAGAAGCGGCGAUCAGGAUCUGAUGCUCCAGUGGGAUGGCAGGGGAUCCCCUCGGUGAAUAUCUUGUUUUUCUGUUUUAAUUCCGCUCUCCUCCCCUCCGGGCUGCAGUUUUAAAACUCUUUGGACUUUCGGUCAUGUGAAAGCCGCGGAAGACUUGAUCGUCUCUACCUUUGGGCUAAGCCAGGGCCUCUCUCCAACUCGGAGAGCAACGAGGUCGAAGAAGAACCAGCUGGAUUAUAGGAUCAACUUCAUCUCUCGGCUCACAAUCCUUGGAUAUUUCUGAGACCCCUCUUGGCUAUGGGAUCCCACCUAAUCUAUCACAGCCUGAGAUUCAUCCUUUGCUGCUCAGCCUUAACGUCUGUCUGUGCGCAGGCGGAUCCAGAUGAUGUGUUAACUAAGGAGGAACAGAUCAUGCUUCUGUUAAGAGCCAAAGCGAAGUGUGAGAGGCAUGUGAACACUAGAGGGCCCCACUUGCCAGAUGGUUUCUGCGCCCCUGAGUGGGACAACCUCAUCUGUUGGCCCGAAGGAGCCCCGGGAAAAGUGGUAUCCAUGCCCUGUCCAGAUUAUAUCUAUGACUUCAACCAUGAUGGCUACGCCCAUCGGCAGUGUGACAUGAAUGGCAGCUGGACGUUGGUGCCGAACCAAAACCGGACCUGGGCUAACUACACCGAGUGUGCCAGGUUUCUCACCAUCGACACCAGGGAAAAGGAAGUCUUCCAUCGGCUUUAUGUGAUUUAUACCAUUGGUUAUUCCAUCUCGCUGGGAUCUCUGACGAUUGCGGUUCUUAUCUUAGGAUAUUUUAGACGCCUCCACUGUACCCGAAAUUAUAUCCACAUGCACUUAUUCAUCUCCUUCAUGCUUCGAGCUAUCAACGUCUUUGUGAAGGACGCAGUUCUCUACUCUGGCUCAGCGCUGGAGGAGAUGGAGCGAAUCACAGAAGAAGACUUCAAGUCCAUGACCGAGGCCCCGCCAGCAGAUAAGUCAGCCCUUGUGGGCUGUAAAGUAGCUGUGACUUUGUUCCUCUACUUCCUCGCCACCAGUUACUACUGGAUUCUGGUGGAAGGCCUCUAUCUUCACAGCCUCAUCUUCAUGGCGUUCUUCUCAGAGAAAAAGUACCUUUGGGGAUUCACGUUGUUUGGUUGGGGGCUUCCUGCUGUGUUUGUCACAAUCUGGACAACUUUGCGGGCAACCUUAGCAGACACCGAAUGCUGGGAUUUAAGCGCUGGCUAUUUCAAGUGGUUUAUCCAGGUGCCCAUCCUCACAGCCGUGCUGGCAAAUUUCAUCCUGUUUAUCAAAAUCAUCCGAGUCCUCGCAACUAAACUCCGAGAAACCAAUGCAGGGAGAUGCGACACAAAACAACAGUACCGGAAACUGUUGAAAUCUACCCUGGUCCUCAUGCCGUUAUUUGGAGUCCAUUAUAUCGUUUUUAUGGCCAUGCCUUACACGGAAGUUUCGGGAAUCCUCUGGCAGAUUCAGAUGCACUACGAAAUGCUUUUUAACUCUUUCCAGGGAUUUUUCGUGGCUAUUAUCUACUGCUUUUGUAACGGGGAGGUUCAAGCAGAGAUAAAGAAGUCCUGGAGCCGAUGGACAUUAGCGCUGGACUUCAGAAGGAAGGCCCGGAGUGGGAGCACCACCUACAGCUAUGGACCCAUGGUGUCCCACACCAGUGUCACUAACGUCACUGCCAAAGGAGGGAUUCCCUUACCUCUCAACGGCAAACUUAUUUCGGGAACCCUCAACGGGCACCGGAAUUUGCCAGGGUACAUCAAGAACGGCUCCAUCUCGGAGAACUCCCUGGCAUCUUCCGGGCCAGAACAUUACAACAAAGAGGAAGAAUAUCUCAACGGCUCCGGACUUUGCAACGGCUACAAGCCGGCCACCCUGAUUGAAAAAGAAGAGAGUGUGAUGUAAACAGGACUAACGGGAUGGUUAGGAGGCCGCAGGGAGGGGUCCCAGAACGCACUGAGGGUUGCAGAGAAUCCCCCGUCCAUCGCUCCACCUCGUGGCUUUGGGGAGGGGGGGUAGACCUUCCACCCAAGUCUUUGCAAUGAGAAACCAUGUUUUAUGGGCACCAGGGAGAGACUGAAGGCAAGAAUUCUGGUGACCCGGCAGAGCAGCCUGACCACAAAGGAGAUUUUUGAUCAACAGGGCUUACCGUCCAUCUGCAGGACAGCAGACAUGGAAGGAAAUAAAGCUCAUAAAGCCUCUGCGUUAUCCUGCCCUGGGAGGCAAGGGCCACACCCUGUUGUCCUUUGGGGGAGCAGGGGGGAAGUGCAAAUUGUCCCAGCACAUCCAGAGUUACUGGGUUGCUCCCUUGGGGGAAAGCAAAGGAUCUUGCCCUUAUAUUGAUCCAGCCCAGGUGGGCUCAGAGCAAAGCCUUCCUGUUGCUUCUAGAUGGAGUUGCUUUUCCUUCUUGGAUUAAGAUUUGGGUUUAAAAAAAAAAAACCAGAACGCAUGUUCCUAUCAGAACAGGAAGUUUUUCCCUCCAGGCAGUAUCUGAAUCCAUGUUUUUAAAUGACCAAGUGAAAACAAACUUCAGAAAGGUGGUUCCUGCCUUGGGCUUGGGCAGGGGGUUGGACGGGAAGGCCUCCAAGGUCCCUUCCAACCCGGUGAUUCUAUAAGGGUCCUUCCCCUGACCAGAGCUGAGAGAGAGCCGCUUACUUAUGCAAUGGAAAGAAAACCAAAGUUACCUGCCUGCAUGCUCUCGAUCACGGUACCUGUCUGCUUCUGUCUCUCCACACUAUAAAAUCAGAUUGUCCCCUUCCUGCCCACCACCCCCACCCCAAGCAAAGGGACCUGAGAGUGUCCGGCAUUCUUUGUGGAAGGAGGAAUUAUUAUUAGAUCAAUCCCGAGUCUGCUCUGCAUAAAAGAACAAGUUGCAAAGCAAGAUUGGAAGAGAUCGUUGCCUCUCCGGAGACAGACCGUUGAUUAAUGGAAAGCAAAGCCUGAAAUUGUGUAAAGACAAGCUGGGGAGGAGAAGAGGCCCUCGAUGCAGGCAAGGGGGCUCUGGGUUCGGUUCCUCCGUCCCUGCUCGCUCCCCUCCUGCAUCAGGACCACGUGCUCUGGAAAACCCUCCCGGGGUUUUGAGGGUCAGGCGGGCAGGUUAGCAGAGUUGUGAAGGAGCGAGCAGGAUUUGCACACUGUUCGCACUGCGUAUCUCCGAUGGGUGGGCAAGGCCCGAUGGAAAGAGGAGGAAGAGGAGUUUAAUUGGCUGGCCAAUGUCCGAUGGGGUGGGUCGUCUCCCCUGCCCAAGGUCCUGUUCUUCUACCUCUCCUGUACAGUGCCAUUGGCAGCCAAAAUGCCGGGUCCUUUCGGAUGGGGCGGCCUUGAGCCUGUCCCAGGAGGACAGAGGCUGGGACGCCAGGGGGCCAGGCAGCAAAUAUGUGGGUCUGCACACGAGUGGGCAUGGCCCAACGGGAGUAAACAAUGUCUUUCCCAGCCUCUGCCUUAGGCCAGUAAUGGGCCGGAUCGAACAGCCCCCAAUUGGUGCACGAGAAUCGGAAGGCCGCUGUGUUUGCCAAAGCUCUUUAAAGGUCCGGCCACGAGGAAGCCAGAAUAAGAGGGCAGCCUUCUUUUUCAAGGUUUUGCAUGAAGGAACUGCUGCAUUACAGUGACAGCUUUAAAGCUGGUCCUUGUGGACAUACCUCCUGCAAAUGGACCGCGGCUCAUUCCCACGAGGAACUGCAUUUGGUAAAGAGACUGAGAAUCAGCUGAAAAGAUCCCCAAGUUCCUUUUCAAAAACCCCACAGUUUGGGAAGAAAACCCUAAGCCAUUUUCCGAACAUUUGUAAAGGAGUAAGU